AUGCCAGUUCCUUUUGAAGGGUUGAUUCCUUACACGAUCAUGGGCAUGUUCUUCGGCUUGGCAGGACAUGGGGUUGGCUUCAUCAGAUACUGGGACAACGGUUGGAAAAAUGACAGAUUCAACUUGGACGAAUAUGACCAAAAGAUGAUGCAACGAGACUUUUUAUUGACGGGUAUAAAACGAGGUCAAACCAGUGAAGCGGUGGCUCCGGAGCACUUUAAGACUGCCCAGACCGAGUUGCAAAGAUACUACACUCCUUACAGAGACCAAUUCUUCUCGUUCAGAGAACGGUUAUACAGAGGGUAUGUUACUGGCAACUGGGAGUUUGAAUGA